AUGAUUUGGGUGAAGAAGAAGGAGGAUGAUGAUGAUGAUGCUGCCUAGACGUUUGUGUAAGACGCAUUAUGCAGACAACUGCAGAAGCUAACAAGUUGCGCGUGGAGAGUGUGGCCAAAACAUAUAUGCAAACCCUGAUUAUAUACUUACAAGCAUCCAAACUCAUUAUAUUAAAGUUUCCAGGUCUUUGUCAAGAGCCAUCACAAUGUGUGGCUCAAGAAAAAUUAGAUAAAUCUGUGGGGAAGAUUCAAUAUAUAACAAGAAGGACCAUCAGAGGAGAGGACUUUGAGGUCACAUAUGGUGGAAUAUGAACAGAUAGGCAAGGAUAUGAGAUGGAGGAUUAAAUUUAGUGGGAUGGAAAAAAAAAAUAGUUUUUUUUUACAUGUAAAGGUGACUCUGACUUUGGUGUUUUAUGGAGAUGGAGAAGCUUAAAUAGAUGAGUUCAUUGUGAUGUGAUCUGAAAUAAGGAAGAGAUGAGUUUGGUGGUUUUUUAUAUUGAGGAAGGAGGUGGGUAUAAAUGCAGAUAUGGUGAGUGGAUGAGUGAGUUGUAAGUUGUGAGAGAAGCAGCAGUGGAGUGGCAGACAGGAGUGGCCAAGGAAAUGGGCGGUUCAUAAAAGUAUGAGCAUGAGGAGGAGGAGGAGGAGGAGCCCAUCGUUUGCUGCACUACAAACCACAACCACAAAUAUUUAAAUUAUUAAUAUUCUCAAAUCUUAACUAUAUAUAGAGGUUGGUGAGUGGGGAAAUGAACAAGCUUCAUAAACUUCAUUCUCUGUCAAUGCAUCUUUAACAUCUGUGAAGACUGUUUAUUGCUUUCUACAAUUAUAUAAAAUGGAAUUAGAGGGUGGGGAAGUUGUGCUUUGGUUCUUUUGUUAACGGAAAUUUAGAGGUUGGGAGUGGGUCUCUUCAACUGAAAAUGUUGGGAUGUUGAGAUUGUUAUUGUUGUUAGUUUUGUAAUGCUUCCUGCUGCCUUGAGAUUUUUGUAACAGUAUUUCUGAGCAGUUCUAGUACUUGCUUACAACAAAUAUAAAUAUAUUGUGUGGCAGAGAGCAUAAUAAUAAGGAAGAAGGAAACGGGAAGCAGUCCAGUCUGAGCAGGAAAAUCAUUUGACAGGAAGUUUGUGGCAGGAGUCGGAAAGGUGUCUGCAAUGAAGUUCCCUGCUCGAAAUUUGCUGGCAAUGUUGAUAUUGUUUGUUGAACGGAUCAUUACAAGGUGUAUAGCAGGCAACAAGUCAGAUCAUACUACAAGGAUCUCUAACAGCAGUAGUAGUAGCAACAUUGAUUCUAGUACUAGUACUACUGCUUCAUUGGGUUUGAUGGAAUUGCAGGGCACAGUAUCAUUCUAUGAGACUGCAAUUGGGGCCAGUGACUUUGGAGGAAUUUAUCAUCAUAAACCCACUGCUCUUGUGAAUCCUGCAUCUGUGCAGGAUAUUGUGAAGGUGGUUAAAAUGGCGGCGUCUUCUCCUAACCUCACAGUGGCUGCCAGAGGCAAUGGCCAUUCUAUCAACGGCCAAGCACAGGCGCUCAAUGGGUUGGUGUUGACUAUGUGUUCCAUUAAGGGAAUUAAGAUUUUCCGAGGAAACUACACACAGGCUCCUUAUGUUGAUGCGGGUGCAGGAGAGCUGUGGAUAGAUGUGCUCAAGGCCUGUCUUAAGGUGGGCCUUGCGCCUCGAUCCUGGACUGAUUAUCUUUUCCUUUCAGUAGGAGGGACGCUCUCUAAUGGCGGAGUCAGUGGCCAGACAUUCAAGUUUGGCCCACAAAUCUCCAAUGUGUCGCAGCUGCAUAUAGUAUCUGGGACUGGAGAAGCUAUUACAUGUUCCCCAGAGCAGAGUGAUGACCUCUUCUACGGAGCACUUGGAGGACUAGGUCAAUUUGGGAUCAUCACCAAAGCCAGAAUAAUGCUGCAAAAGGCUCCUGACAUGGUGAGGUGGAUCAGAGUUGUAUAUUCUGAUUUUGAGGAUUUCAGAGCUGAUCAGGAGCUGCUAAUAGGGCUACCAGAGGGCAAAUCUUUUGACUAUGUGGAAGGAUUUGUCUUGCCCAACAACAGUGAUCCAAUUAAUGGCUGGCCUUGUAUCCCUCUGUCACCGAGCUCUUCAUUUGACCCCCAGCUAAUACCAGAUACUGCUGGCCCAAUGCUAUAUUGCCUGGAAGUUGCUCUUCAUUAUGACCAUGACACAGACUUGAUGGCCCUCAAUAAGAGAAUGGAGAGCAUGCUAGGCCCACUGAGAUUCAUCAGGGGAUUGCACUACUGUGUAGAGAUUUCCUACUUCAACUUUUUGAACAGAGUUGAGGAAGUCGAAGUGGCAGCAAGAUCGAGUGGAAUAUGGGAUGCCCCACACCCAUGGCUGAAUAUGUUUGUGCCAAAGUCCAAGAUCUCAGAGUUUGAUCACAAAGUGUUCAGAGAGAUUCUGAAACAUGGUGUGGGAGGACCCAUGCUGGUAUAUCCUGUAAAUAGAAACAAGUGGGAUUGUCGAAUGUCUGCGAUUGUACCAGAUGAGGACAUAUUCUACUUAGUGGCUCUACUUCGCUUCAGCCCACCGUAUCCAAGUGGACCUCCAUUGCAGAGCAUUCUAGCACAAAAUGAAGAGAUUCUCCAUUAUUGUACAAGUACAGGCAUUGACAUGAAGCUCUACAUCCCUCAUUACAAGAAUGACACGGGCUGGAAAAGACACUUUGGCAGGCAGUGGCAUCAAUUCCUGCAAAGAAAAAACACAUAUGAUCCCAGGGCUAUCCUUGCACCAGGACAAAGGAUUUUCACCCGAUCAUCAAGUUGAACCCCAUUCCUUUGCUUCCUUCCCCUUGUACAUACAACAUGAGCACACCCCCUAUAGAACAAGUUCAGUUGGACAAGAGAGAAAACAAUGAAGCCAUAGCCAUCAUUCAUCCUUGUCUUUUUUAUUUAAUCUCUUAAAACAGUAUUUUGCAACAGUUUGGUUGUCGGAGUCGAACAACUUUGAGGGAUCCUCCAAUUGUAAAUUAUUUGGAUUGUUGUAUAUCCAUGCCAAUUGCAAUGGGGUCUAUUCUUAUUCCUCUGUUUUUGGAACAUGUUGCCUAAGCCUCUUUUUUAAAAGUAACUUUGCAUUUAAGAUUCAGGAAAAAAAAAAGGUAAUAUUAUUGGUUGUUGACUCCUCACGGACCUAUUUAUUGUAAGUCAAUUAAAUAAAACGGUGGAUACUCUUAUCUCAA